CCUCUCUCCAUACUAAAUAGGAAGCCGGGGAGGCAGGCGGGGGAUUACCGCCACCCAACUACUCCCUAAAGCCCCCGCUGCAGCCAUGAGCAGGCCACAAGAUGGAGGGCGAGCGGUUGGGAUAUUGUGGGAGGUGACAGAUCUGCUAUGAACAUUGUCCUCCGCUGUCCCUGAAGAUGAUGGAAAGGUUGGGGACAGAGAUGGGUGACAGCCAAAACGUCGCAUCUCCCCCCCAAAACACAGAAGAGGCUGUGAAGACGCCUGGUGUGGAGCUGAGUGGGGGCAAUGAGGGGGCGGCCCCCUGCUCCCCCCCUCGGGAUGUGCCGGUGAUUGAGCUGCUCAGGAUGGGGGAGGGAUCGGGGAAUAUAAAGGCCAGAGAGCAAGAGCUGCUACUGCAAAGCGUGAGGACCACCGAGCUGUGCAGAGCCCCCCUGACUCCAGCCACCGAGCUGUGCAGAGCCCCCCUGACUCCAGCCACCGAGCUGUGCAGAGCCCCCCUGACUCCAGCCACCGAGCUGUGCAGAGCCCCCCUGACUCCAGCCAGCGAACUCUGCAGAGCCCCCCUGACUCCAGCCACUGAACUCUGCAGAGCCCCCCUGUCCGUGUCCGGACCACCCCUCACUGCCACCACCGAGCUGUGCAGACCCCCGAUCCCUCUUCCAGUGACCGGACCACUUGUAGAACAAGCUGCCGAAGCCCGGAUGGUGCAACUGAGCCCCCCGGCAACCCUCCCCCUGCAGGCGGCUGGUAGAACCAUGCUCUAUGGGCUGAGCCAACCCCUGACACCGGGCAACAGCGCCUACUUCGGUGAUCCAGAAACAUUUCCAAUGUUCAACAAUAAUUCCAGAGUAAAAAGACGCACAGGUCCAUAUGAAGUUGAAGUGACAGAAGGAGGUCCUCAUACAAAAGUCGUCCGCCGCAUUUUCACAAACAGCCGGGAGAGAUGGAGACAACAAAAUGUCAAUGGGGCUUUUGCUGAGCUGCGCAAGCUUAUUCCAACUCACCCACCAGAUAAAAAACUCAGCAAGAAUGAAAUUCUCCGCCUGGCCAUGAAAUACAUCAACUUCCUAGCCAAACUUCUUGAUGACCAAGAAGAAGAAGGUAACCAACGGAGCAAGGUGAAUAAAGAUAACGGAAUGGUCCAACAAGACCUUCUUCAGGACAUGCUGUCUCCAAACUCCAGCUGUGGAAGCUCUAUGGAUGGGGCACCCAGCCCUGACAGUUUCUCAGAAGACCAUGAUACACUGGACUCCAAGCAUAACCGAAAUCUUCAUCAGUCCAUGCUAUCUGUAGAAAGCAAUGGGCAACGAUGACAACUCAUCGGUUCGGCAUCUCUGCUUGGCUACUGACUAUAACCCUCGUUGGUUGCACAACUGUGGGUUUUUUAGAGGAGAUGUAUCCUGUUGGUACUCCAUUUGAACAAAGACAAAUCCAGUGAUACAAAUCCUCUAUUGCAACAGACUGUAUAAGAGUUUGUUUUUAUCUGUUUCAUAGAUAUAUUCCAUCCCACUCGUAUCCCAAUUUUGAGAUUGCUUGUAGCAAUUUGUAAGCUAUAGGCGUCUCGGGACCAACGCCAUCAUGACUGCCAUGGUAUAUUAAGUAUAUGUAUGGAUAUACAGCUUUGGUAACAAAGCCUCAGGUGGGAUUUCAGAACCCGUGAGAAUUUAAUAUGGAUUUAUUUUUACGUGGUACCUAAUAUUAAAAAGGUACAGUAUACAUA